AUGAAUGCCGUGAUUCCAGCAAGGUUGACGGAGGACGUCGUGCGGUGCGCCUUUGGCAGCGACACUGCACCGUCACUUGCCAGUGGGGCGGUCGCAGGAGAAAGCGGUGCAUGCCCGGGUAGCGGGCGCGCGUGCAGUAUCAUCAUGCCCACAUGCAAGGAGGGAAGCGACGCCGCCUCUAUGUACAGCAUGUCGCAGUCAGUGCUGCCAAUGGACCCGCGUGAGCGCAUCUACUACCGCCCCCGGCGCCAUUUACUGCAGUGCUACCUGGAGCGGCGCAAGCUCAAGGGCCUCGGAAUCACAUCGCUGCUGCCCGGAACCCGCAAGUCCUUUCAGUUUUUUCUAGAGUGCACAAACGACUUUGUACUAGCCGCCGUCCCGCGCAGUCUUAGGUCACGUAUAAAGGUCGAGGAUACAUCGAGUGGGGCCAGUGGGCAGUUGUACCCUGUCACGCAAGGCGGCGCCAAUAUUGUGUUCACUAUCAAUCAGCAACAGCUGGACGGUGACACGCGCAGCUUCGUCGGCAAGCUCUCGCGGCGCGGCAAUGGGAUGGAGAUGGUGAUGUUUAGCGAGGGCAGCAAGGCGACUCGGAAGGAGAUUCUCGCGGUUCUUCUGCACAACUUCGCCGACACAAGUCAGUCGUCGCUUACAGUGCUGCUGCCGGCUAUCGACCCGGCGUCUGGGUACAUCAAACCACUGGAGGGCGGCGAGGUCAAAUUCCUGCGCGACGGCCGCGGGAGCCUCGGUGGGGCGACGGAGAACUCUGACGACGACGUCGACCCGGCGUAUUUGACCACGUCGAGCGCGGCCCCAAGCAGCGUGCCUGUGGGCGACUCUUCCAGGGCAAACAGCGCGUCUGCACUAAACAGCGGCGAGACAUGUGGUCGGCAAAAAAAGCGGUGUUCGCACGGGGUGCUGGCCAGCGAGUACCGGAGAAGCCCCUGCAGUCCAAGCAUAGUUGUCCUCAACAGCAAGACGCCUGAAUGGGAUGGCGUGCUGCGUGGGCACAAACUUGACUUCCACGGACGCGCUACGAAGGCGAGUGAGAAGAACUUCCAGCUCGUCGCCGCCUCUGAUCCUGGGAAGGUGGUCAUGCUCUUCGGUAAGCAGAGCGACGACCGCUUUGCCCUCGACUUCCGCUACCCGCUCUGCGGCCUUCAAGCAGCCGCGAUCGCGACCACAGUUAUGACGGCUCGCAAGGCGAUCAUUUGA